CCUGGCUUUGAGACCUUGCAUGUGUGUGAUUGUUUCAGCAAUCCGAGAUGGCCGUUACAAAGAGGAUUUGCUCCGGGUCACCCAGACAGGAGCAUGUGGACAUCCUGUUGUAGCUGGUUUUGUUUAGAACCCACCGCCACAGUGGAAGAAAACGUCAGCUCCUGGCGCCAGGCCUACACAAACUCGGGCUACAACCAAUCCCUGACCUCUCCCGAACAUAUGUGCAAGGCCUGCGGAGGCCAAUUCGACACCAUCGCUAGGAAGCAUGUCUGCGUGGACUGCAAGAAGAACUUCUGCGGCCACUGCUCUGUGCAGCUGGAGCCGCCACGCCCGCGCCUCUGCCACACAUGUCAGCACUUUCACGGAACCCUAUUCGACCGCGACCAGUUGAUGCGACUCAAGGUGCGGGAGCUGCGCGACUACCUCCACCUGCAUGAGGUGCCCACCCAGACGUGCCGGGAAAAGGAGGAGCUGGUUGAGCUGGUCUUGGGCCAGCAGACCCCUAGCACCAGCACCAGCAGUGAGACCGUGUCCUCCCAGCCCACGGCUCACAACAACGUCCCUUCCCCAGGCACACCAUCCCCUCCCCAGACACAGGGCCCUAUCAGCCCCGACACAUUGAGCCCAGAGCAGCCAGAACAAUCAGCCCCCGAGGCAGAGCCAGAGUCAGAGCAGAUAUCUGAUGAUGAGGAGGAUGAUGAAGAAGAGGAGGACGAAGGUGAAGAGUCAUCAGACAACGAGGAGACUCUGAUCCCCGGCCGGAGGGCCUCUCUGUCUGACCUGAGCUGCGUUGAGGACAUUGAGGGCCUGAGCGUGCGCCAGCUGAAGGAGAUCUUGGCCCGCAACUUUGUCAACUACAAGGGCUGCUGCGAGAAGUGUGAGCUGAUGGAGAGGGUCACCCGCCUCUACAACAACCAGAAGGACCUCCAGAACCUAGACCCUGCGGCUCCCAAGAGCCAGGAGGAGAACCUCUGUCGGAUCUGCAUGGACUCUCCCAUUGACUGUGUUCUGCUGGAGUGCGGCCACAUGGUCACCUGCAGCAAGUGCGGCAAACGCAUGAGCGAGUGCCCCAUCUGUAGGCAGUACGUGGUACGGGCGGUGCAUGUCUUCAGGUCCUGAUGCAUUGCCACAGGGAGGGACACAAUGGACAAAAUGACAUUGCUGCCACCACUGCUCAGUGAUAGCAUAGCUUACAAGAAUACACUAUAUAAAUGUGCACACUCACUCAUUCAAACAGUCUUCUUCAUACUGGUGUUCCAGAGAAAUAACCUGACUCCACUUUUCUGGGUUCUCAGUUGUUCUACUCUACCUGAACCUAUUGUUUCUGAUCUUUCAGCGUCUUACAAGAACUCAAGAUUUCAGUACAAUAACUUUGUUAUUCAACUAGUUUUACUCUUGUUCAUAUCAAUAGCAAAACAGAGAGAGUGGCCAGAAUGGUGCUAUUUGACCAAUGGUGAACAACACUCAGGGCCCCAUUUUGACAAUGCAAAUAAGCGGCGGUAAUGUAAGAGACCAAAAUUUGGAAAACCUCAAAACAGUUUAUUUCCAUCCUUAUCACCUCAAGCAAGGCUUGGAAAAAGCAGGCUUGGAUAUGACGGUGUGGAUAUUUUAAUGCAGGCAAUGCAGUAGUUGUGUAAUUGGUGCAAUAAGAGGCGCACAGAAUAUAUGAAGUGCUAAGGUCUGUUUUGCGUCCUCCAAAUGACACUCUCUGACUUCAGUACCUGCAACCCAGCUGAUCUGUUAAUUGGUUUUGUGGUCCAGAGCUAUCUUUAGGUUGCAGUGCACUUGCUAAGCAUAGAACCCAGGCCUUAUUUGUCUUAUUGGCGAUCCUUCAGACACAGAGAUGUGUGGUGGUGGUUGAACAUAGCAUCCUAGGAGUGGAAACAGCCCUUUAAAUGCAAUUGUCUGUAUGUAGCUCACCGAAAGUACUUGAGGGUCAAGGAGGCAUACAGCUUGGGUUAAUUUGCCCUUUUAUGGUCAAAAUACCCUUUAACUUGUAGAUAUUUUAUCAAAACUGGAAAAGAACACACAUUGACUUGACAGUUAAUAUACAUUUCUGUAAAUGAGCCACAAUGGGAACAUUUUCUGAAAUGUAAACCAUGCACAGUACGGUAGAUAUGCAUCUAUACAAAUUCUCUGGAUGUUGUCAAUUGUUUGCUGCUGCAAUUCAGUAAAUUUAUUGAGAUUGAAUUUUUUAAAUUAGGGGCAAUUUUCGGUAAUGUUAAUUGGAAUGCAUUUGUCCAAUUUCCUGUAAUUGAAAUGGUUUGCCAGCCCUCUCUGCAACUAACAUUUAUGGAACAUGUUGUUUUAAAAUCAUAGAGAAACAUAACGGUUUACUUUUAAAUGGUCUUUCUACUGUACAUCUUGUUUUAUAGGUAAUUAAUGUACCAUAAAACUGCUCAUAUAAGGAAAAUGCACUUAAACUAAUUAAUGUCUGUUUUAGUGAAUUCAAAUCCGCUGGAAUAGACUCUGUUCAUCCUAGAUACCCAGUCUGUCUGAAAUGAAUGUACUGGUUUUAAGGUGUUUAGCUACAAUAACAAAACCAUUUCUUACUGUGACUGCCAAUAUCACAAAUAGAUUUUUACACCAGUCUGUUUGAUAUGCCUGUUGUCAAUAACUUAUAAUAUCAUGCAACAAUAUUAACAAUCUCACGUGUAAUUUGCAGAGAGCAGGUGAAAUAAGAUAUGUCAGUGUCAUGAGACAACUGGAUCUAUUUUUUUUUCACAAACUUCUAAUUUUUAUCCUGGAUAUCAGUUUAUACAAGCCAGGUUGUCAGUCAAGCCACUCCUUCUUUCUGAGGAGUGUUUUCUGCACAAAUGAUAACAUACAGUGCCUUGCAAAAGUAUUCAUCCCCCUUGGCGUUUUUCCUAUUUUGUUGCAUUACAACCUGGAAUUGAAAUUGAUUUUUAUUUGGAUUUCAUGUAAUGGACAUACCGUACAUACACAAAAUAGUCCAAAUUGGUCAAGUCAAAUGGAAAAAAAUAACUUGUUUGAAAAAUAAAACUGAUAAAAACGGGAAAGUGGUGCGUGCAGUUGAAGUCUGAAGUUUACAUACACCUAUGUUGGAGUCACAACUCGUUUUUAACACAUUUUUUGUUAAACUAUAGUUUUGGCAAGUCAGUUAGGACAUCUACUUUGUGCAUGACACAAGUAGUUUUUUCAACAAUUGUUUCCAGACAGAUUAUUUCACUUAUAAUUCACAGUAUCACAAUUCCAGUAGGUCAGAAGUGCCUUUUAAACAGCUUGGAAAAUUCCAGAAAAGGACGUCAUGGCUUCUGAUAGGCUAAUUGACUUCAUUUGAGUCAAUUGGAGGUGUACCUGUAGAUGUAUUUCAAG